AUGAGCAAAGUGCAAUGCAUGGGGCCAACGCUUUCAGCAGCACGCGGGAACGAGACAGUGCCCGAAAGAUACGGGUCUAAAUGGAAUAAGAACGGUUACGUGUGCAAUCCGAGAAGAACGGCGUUCUCCAACAGUCUGAUCAUCACAAGGAGAGUCGAUAAGCCUCUGUUGACAUCGCUAAUGCUGAAUCAAGUAGAAACCGCACUUGAACGUUGUCCGUUGCUCCUCCAUCGUGCAGCACUAACAGCAUUGAACGUUGGAAUGAUACUACUUUCCGGAGUCGUAUGGUUCGUUGCCGUAAAAACGCUUUUCGUAAAGCGAAGUAGCAUCAUGGAGAUGAUCAAGAACAUCUUUAUGCCAACAAAAAAAGAAACUCGUCCGCGAAUUGAAAUCAUACAUCCAAUAGACUCGUUCUCUUCACCACCAUCGAUUACGAAUGAAUCUACAUCAACAUCAAUUAGGCUAAAAUUCACGAAAUUCUCUACUCGAGGAAGAAGAAGCGGCAGGAUCCUCAUUGAAGCGCUUCGAUCAAACUCGCCUCCAUCGUCGGCUACUAGCGAACACCUCAGCGUAAACGAAUUGCAUAGCAGUCAAAGUUCAGAGUCAUGCUUUGUUUCCCCUUCUCUUAUGGAUUCGCUACCGGAUCCUCCACAUCUAUCCGUAGAAAGACUUCCUCAGCUGGAGAGAAUAUUCAGAACAGAAGGGAAUUCCACUGGGAACACCUCUGCUUCCUUGCCACACUGCCUCUCUUCCGCACCGUCGUCGUGUCUCGCUUCCGACGGGAUCUCGUCGAAAGAAUAUCUAAACCUUCAACCGAUCCCUAAAACUCGCCCCUCAAAAUCGUAUCCACGUAGCGACUACAUUUUUCGAAAUGAAUCUACUGCUUUAAGUCAGAACACAAACACUGAAAGCACAAGUUUCAUCGAACAGUUGGAUGUGCGAACACUUCUGACGACGGAAUCAUCGCUCUGUCAGCACCUUCCUUCGAUUCCUUCAAGAUAUCCACGUCCACGUGAUUCCGCCUCUUGCACUCACACGAUUUUGAUAGACGAAGGAUGCUCGUCCAGCAGAAUACAGGAUUAG